AUGGCCACUUCAAAACGACGAAGAAAUCCAGCUGAGACAGAUGAGGAGAGCGAACACGAAGAUGUAACCCCUCCACCUAGGAGACAUUCGACAUCCAAACGGGCACGUACAAAUAGCGAUGAUAAUAAUGCAGAUGAACAGGACUGGAGAGCGCUCGAGGAUGCAUCCACUCAACGGGCGGCUAUUGCCAUUAAGAAGAAGAUGAGCGAGGUGGUUGAGAACGUGCCAGCAGAUCAUGGGAUCAUACUCGCCGUUAUUUGCGAAAACUUUAUGUGCCACAAAUUUCUGGAGAUUAAAUUUGGACCUUUCAUAAACUUCGUUAUCGGACAUAACGGGAGUGGAAAAAGUGCAAUUCUUACGGCAAUUACACUGGCGCUUGGUGGGAAGGCGGCCAGUACAAACCGAGGGAAUGCUAUGAAGAGUUUCAUCAAGGAAGGCGAGGAACAGGCUAGAAUUACAAUCAAGCUCAAGAAUGGCGGCGAAGGUUUCAAACGAGAUCAAUAUGAUGAUGUCAUUAUUGUCGAAAGAAACUUUAGUCGAGAGGGAAGUAGUGGAUACAAACUCAAGUCGAAGCAGGGGAAGAUAAUAUCUUCGAAACGGGAUGAAUUAGAUGAGAUCUGUGAUUGGUUUGGGUUGCAAGUCGAUAAUCCCAUGAACGUACUGACACAGGAUCUGGCCCGUGCGUUUUUGAGCACCUCAACAAAUCAGGACAAAUAUAAAUUUUUUGCGAGAGGGGUACAGUUGGAGCAACUGGAUCAAGAUUAUUCUCUCAUCAAGAACGGGAUUGAUAGUACGGAGGCAAUCCUGGAAACGAAAGUCGGCGAUAUAACGGAACUAAAGGCCACUAUGGAUCAGUGGGCUGAAAAACAGCGGCAAUUGGAGAGCCACGAUACCCUGAGAGACCGCAUUCAAACAAUGAGCCAUCAAAUGGCCUGGGCACAGAGCAAAGUAACUAGGGCUGAAGAAGAGCGCGAACAAGCGUCUUCGCAAUUCGAAAAUGCAAAUCACGUCCACGAAGAACUAAUUAAACAGGUCAGAAUCGAAGAAGAAAAAUUGACUCCCCUAGAGGAAGCGAAGGACGCAGCAAAGGCACAAAUGGAUCACAUCAAAAAGGAACUUCAGACCUUAAUAGGAUCAGAACGUGAAACAAGGAGUAAUGUUCUCGGUGCAACUAAAAAGAUCACCGAGACCGAGCAAGAGAUCAUGGAUGAAGAGAACAGACUAGAAGGAGUUAAUGGCGGAAGCAAUAUUCAGCUGAUGGAGGACCAGCGAAGCGCUGAAAAUGAUGUUAUUAGGAUUAAGGCGGACAUGGAAAGCCACGAUCAAAAGAACAAGGACGAUAACACAAAACUCCAGGAAGCAAAGCAGGAAUUCGAUCAAGCUAUAAAGCUCGUCCAAGCAAAAAAAGCUGAGAUCGCAAGCAAACAGACAGCUCUCAAGCAAAUUAGUGCUGCGGAGGGCGAUUUCAUAAAGGUAUUUGGCGCAAAGUUACGCCCUCUUCUUGAUGCCAUCCAAAGUGAGCGUAGUUUUCGUGUCAAGCCCGUCGGUCCCGUGGGAAUGUAUGUCACGCUUCGAGAGCCGAAAUGGUGGAGCAUCAUCGAACGGAUCUUGGGUAAUAAUCUAUUGACUUUUGUCGUCACUUGUUAUGAAGACAGUGAAAUUCUAAAACGAUUGAUGAAAUCUAUCAACUGUCAAUAUCCAUUAAGCAUUACCCAGGUGAAGCCGUUGAAUCUUGUUGAGCCUGAUCCUCGAUUCAAGACUAUUUACAGGAUCUUGGAGAUCAGUGACGAAAAUGUAAAGAGGCAACUCGUUAUCGGCAACUCCAUCGAGCAGGUUAUCUUGGUUGAAGAUUUGGAAGAUGCAAAUCGUAUCAUGGAAAGAAGGACUCAAAAUGACCAUAUAAAUUCAUGUUAUGCUCUUAACUUGAAUCGUCAAGGGUGGGGAUUGAAAGUUGGUGGAAACAACGGAGCCAGUGGCGUGACUCCUGUCAAUGCUUUCACGAGCCAGGCUCGUAUGAGGACAGAUGUUGGGGCACAGACAAAAUUUAUCGAACAAGAUAUACAACGCCUUAAGAAUGAGCUUGCUGACCUCGAGCAAUCUGCUCACGACAAAAAACGUGUUAGUGAUGGGCUAAAUUCCGAUAUUCAAAACUAUAAUCGUCGCAAGAGGGAUUUUGAAUUAAAGCUUCACCGGGCCGAGGAUAAGAUUGAGGAGUGCAAAUCUAGGUUAGAGGAGGCUGCGCAGGACGGUAAGCUUGGCGCUUUACAAGAGAAGCUAAAGGUUUUUAAAGAGAGAGAACGCAUGGCUACUGCCUCGUUCGAAGAGCUGGUCGUCAAAAAGGAUGAGUUUAGUGCUGAAGGUGAUAAACUAUAUGCACAACUGAAAUCGACCGAGCAAGACCUAGCCCUUGCUCAACAACAGGUCGAAGACCUAAAGGCUAUGCUUUACAAGUCUGACCGAAAACGGUCGCAAUGUCUUGCAAACAAGAAUCAUUGGUAUGAACAACUUGAGAAGUACCAACAAGAAACAGCCCGCCUAGAGGACCAAAUCGCAACGCAACAGGCAACAGUUGAUAACUAUACCGGAAUGGCUUCACGGAUUUGUGAACGUGUUGAAAUACCUAAUGACGAGACAUGCGAUGCUCUGGAAAGGAAGUUAGCCGCACUCCAUGAAGAGCUGAAACGUGCUGAGGCUUCGCUUGGUGGAACUGCGGAAUAUAUCCAUGCAAAGUCUGCUGAAGCAGCACAAACCUAUAUUGAUGCGAGGGAUCAGAGGAAUGAAUUUCAAAGACUUCUUGGCACGCAAACUAGAGUUUACAUGGAACGCAUACGCCGCUGGAAGGAGUUCCAACGCUACAUCAGUGCCCGGGCACGGGCUCAGUUUAACUGGAUGAUGAGCGAACGCGCAUUCAAGGGGCGCUUGCGCCUUGAGCACACACGAAAACCUCCCGAACUUAUCCUCGAAGUUCAACCUGGUCAGGAAGAAACCGGCAACCGUGGACCAAAGACCCUUUCUGGUGGUGAAAAGUCUUUUUCGACAAUUUGUCUACUUCUUUCUUUGUGGGAGGCAAUGGGCUCCCCAAUUAGAUGUCUUGAUGAAUUUGAUGUCUUUAUGGACGCGGUCAACCGUACUAUCAGUGUGAAUAUGAUGAUAAAAGCUGCUGAACGUUCGAUUGGCAAACAAUUCAUAUUGAUCACACCUCAGGCGAUGAAUAGUACGGCUGCAUCAAACCAAGUCAAGAUCAUCCGAAUGGCCGAUCCCGAGAGAAAUAAUAAUAACCAAACACGAAUUGCUUGA